UUCCAGAGACCCUUGUGUGAUAUUAAUCCCUGCCUCAGUUUUGUUCUCAGUCACUGUUUAUGAACGAGUUAUGAAUGUGCACGGGUUAGUCAGUCAGGUCCUCAGUCAUCAGACAAAAAGCCUCUUUAUUGGUGGCCACCAUCAGUCCUCCUUCUAAUCCGUUGCACGCAAGUUACAUAAAAUGGCCAUCCACUUCCCACGUCACGUAGAGAAACAGCUUGGUGGUCUGCUUGUGCGCCUCUGCAAAGCCAUCCGAGCACAUCAGACAGAAACAUCAUGAUUUUUCUCGUAGAUCUUCUGCUGAUGCUCAUCGACCUCACCUGCUCCAUCCUGACCGCCAUCGUGCAGACCUUCCUGCGGCCCAGACUCAAGUGCAUAGAUGGAGAGCUGUGUCUGAUCACGGGGGCCGGGGGUGCGCUGGGUCGGCUGUUCGCCCUGGAGUUUGCCAAAGAGGGGGCGCACCUGGUGCUGUGGGACUGCAACUCCGCUGCCAAUGAGCAGACGGCCAAGCUGGCGAGGGAGCUGGGAGUCCAGGUGCACACGUACACCGUGGAUCUGUCCCAGCGCCACAGCAUCUAUGACACAGCGGACAGGGUGAGGACGGAGGUCGGGGAGGUGUCUAUUCUGGUCAACAACGCCGGGGUGGUGGCCGGACGGAGGCUGCUGGACUGUCCAGACGAGCUUUUGGAGAGGACUCUACUUGUCAACUGCCACGCACUGUUUUGGAUGACAAAGGCCUUCCUCCCUCAGAUGAAAUCAAAGAACCAUGGUCACAUUGUAACCGUUGCCAGUGCUCUUGGACUUUUCAGCACAGCAUGUGUAGAGGACUACUGCGCCAGUAAAUUCGGAGCUGUUGGUUUCCACGAGUCUCUAACUCACGAGUUGCAAGCUGAAGACCUGGAUGGAAUAAAAACCACUUUAGUCUGUCCUUAUAUUGUAGACACAGGGAUGUUUGCAGGCUGCGAGAUCAGGAAGGAGCUGCGGAGUGUGAUCCCACCUCUGGAGCCCCUCUACACAGUCCAGCAGUCUAUGAAAGCCAUCUUAGCAGAGCAGCAAAUGGUCUGCAUUCCCCGUCUGAUGUACAUCCCCUUUCUCGCAAGAGCACUCCUACCGUGGGAUGCUAAUGUUGCAACAUAUCGCUUCAUGGGAGGUGACAAAUGCAUGCUACCCUUCAUCAAGAACACUGAACAGAAGACGUCUAAUGGCCAUAUCAAGACCGCCUAAGAUUUUCCUGAUGGUCUUAAUUCUUUGUUAAAAAAACGGACCAGUGCCGACACCAAAGGCUCUUUAUACAUUCCUGUAUUUUUGUUUUGUUUUGAAGGGACUGUCCACAUGUUCAUUUUACACUGGACCACAUUGAAACUUUGUUCAUGAACGUCUGAGCACUUAUGCUUACAUGCCAAGUACUUCCUAGUUCCCUUCCAAGAAUUGAUCAAUAAGUAAUUCCGUACAAAGUUGAAAUAAAGUUCAAUUGACAUCCA